UCCAUACAUUUUUUGUAUAGGUGAUGACUUAGACCUUGAAACUGAAUGUUUCAGCCAACUGGAAAUUAAGGAAUUCAGCCACAGUCUAACAUGCAACUUCAUGGAGGUGAACCUUAACAGCACUAACAUUAAUCUUACAGUAUGCCCUGCUAGAACUUCUAAUGUGAUUUCACAGAUAUACCUUUUGAUCACUUCACCCAGAGAUCCAGAAUUAAAAAACGCACCACCUCCGAAGAGCGUAUAUGUUCAACUAUGGAGAAACAAGGAAGCACAUAUUUUUUGUAUAUCUACGAAAUCAUCUCGUGUAAGGAGAUUUGUGUGGUCCUUGAGUCUAAGAGAAAGGACUGCAAGAGAGUGACUGUAACUGAUAUUGUGAAACCUGAGGCUCCAUAUGGCAUAAAUAUCACAUUCCAAAAGGAUGCAGAUGAGUAUCUUAUUCAAUACAGUACACCACACACAAGGAAGAAAUAUCUAAAGGACAAAUUAAUACAUGAAAUAGCCUAUCAUGAGGGAAAUGGGACUUGGAAUACAAUAGAUUCUCAGUAUCUUCAGAUAAAAUUACUGGGAAAAAACCUUCAGAAGGGUGCAAGUUAUGAAGUGAAAGUGCGAUCAAAGCCUGAUGGCAAGUUUUUCAAGGGUUUCUGGAGUGAAUGGAGCUCCUCUGAAUACUUCAAAAAUGCAGUGGGACAUCUCGAACGGGAAGAUAAGCCACAGGAAUCCAACUUCAGCAUCGGAAUGCUCGUGGUUACAAUAUCUACUGUGACUUUCGUUUUGUUGUUUAUCAUACCUGUCUUGAUCUUUUGGGAAACCAGAAUCAAGCCGCUUUUUUGGCCAGAACUUCCUGAUCAUAAAAAAACUUUGGAGCAACUGUGCAAGAAGCCAAAAAAGAAUUUUGAUAUAAGCUUUAACCCGGAAAAAUUUGGGUAUGUUCAUAUUCAUAAAGUGGAUGGCAUUCAAGCCAAAACAGAAGUGGAAAGUUUUCUGCAGCCAUCGGCUCCUCUAGAUGUUUCAGAAAAAGUUAGGAAUGAAUUGGAUAUGAAGAAGAGCCCUACUGAUGUAGACAAAAGUGUCCUAAAGCUGCCUGUGACUUAUGGAGGAUUCUGGCCAUCUGACACGUUAAGUGAGCACUUGUGUGAGACUCACCCUUUCAUAUUGGAUGGAUUCAGCAAUGGCAUCCCAUAUAGGCUGUGCAGUAUCAAUGGUACACAACUCUAUAACUAUGGUCUUAUGACACAUUCCAGCUCUCCAGCAGACCUCACUGUUCAGCCCAGACCAGGACCCAUAAACACCGACACAAUGUCCCAUAUACAGCCCAGUAAUGGAAUUAGGUCAUCAAAUAAAGACGAAGCAUAUGUCACAAUGUCCAGCUUUUGCAAAAAUCAGUAAACCUCAAAAAUAAUAAGAACAUAGAAUUUGCUAUAACAAAGCAAACAUUUGGUUCUUCUUGUUUGGGUCUUCCGCCUCUUGCUGAUUGAUUCAGAGAAAAAUAAAUUCUAUAAUGUACCUAUCCCCAUUUUGCAAUGCUCUAAGCAAUUUGGAUGUAUUUUUCUUGGCCUCUAAGGACAAUGGACCAAAUUCUGUUCUCAAUUACACCAGUGUCAAUGAGGAGUAAAUCUUGUGUAACUGAAAACAAAUUUGGUUCCAUCCAUUUAAGACCUUAAUCAUGAGAGGUGAUUAAUCUCCGACAACAAUAUACUAUAACAUUGUACUUCUCUAUUGCGCUCUAUCCAAUGAUCAGUGAGUGCUUCACAUUUGUUUACUCUCCUAUCAACACCUCAGUUUAUACAGCUACAGAUUUUGUUAAUGGACAUAAUAUGACUGCAGAGUCUAGGUAGGUUAAGUAGAUUCUGCUCUCAUUUAGACUGGGUGAAUGAAUCAGGAGCAAGAAGUCAGUGGCAUUAUACCAGUUGUCAAAACAGAGUAAGUGAUAUCAGAAUUAUCCUGUAUUCAUUUGGGAUUCAGGAUCUGAGCUUGGUCCCCAACCAGCAAUGUCUUGAGGCAGAAUGCUCAGCUCCCAGGGGAAAGAGAGAGCACACAACAUCGCUUUCUAACAAGCACUGAUACACUCCCAAGAUAGCAGCUCCCAUCCUAACACAGCCACAGCAAGGACUGUGCUCAGGCAUGGCUUGUGAGACUGUGUACAAUAAUAAGCAAAAAUUGAUGUCUUGGUGCUUAAAGGCUUCAAAUAAAUUAGCUACACCUGGAAUUCAUGUGUGGAAGAGGGUUGAAGGUGGGAGCAGAAAGGUGGAUAGAACCAGGGUUAACACAUAUAAACAAAGUAAUAGUGGUUCAAUAUAGGGAUGGACU